AUGUCGACUAUGAAGUCUCCAGCACCGAAUCCAUUUCCUCGUAUAUCCAUCGCAGAUAUUGAAGGGACGGCACGCUCACUCCGUCAUAGACAGCUUCAGUUCCACCGCUUACAACCAAUUAUAGUCAAGAACAAGGCCCUCUUGAUCCGGGCUCUAGAAGAUGACUAUGGCUAUUCGCCGGGUGAAGCCUUGUUUGAAUAUUCGCUUUCUCUGUCCGAGGUCCGCUUUCACUAUGAGAGCAUCGACUUCGAGAAAGAAGUCGCGGCGACCAAAACCAUUGAGAAUGGCAACGAGCGCUUGAACCGGUACGCAGGUGUUGGUAUCGUUUACAUUGUGCCACGAGGUGGCCUUUAUUCCGUGCUUUCUCCACUAUGCGCUGCGAUGGCUGCUGGAAAUUGUGUAAUUGUUGAACUUUUACAGACUACAAACAGGACAAGCUCGGCUUUACGGGACAGCCUUCAAGAGGCUUUGAGUGGAGACACAUUCGCCAUAUCCAAAGAAAGGCCCGCCCCUUCAUUCCUCAGACAGUGUGCGGUAGUGCUCCAGGCGAAUGAGAUCCUCAGCACUCAGUCAAAAGGAAGUUCGGAUUUACUUUGGUCCAAGAAGCUGAUCGCUUCGCCCUCAUCUGCAAAGAAUGUUGCAUUUGUCGAUCGGACAGCUGAUCUCAGGCUUGCUGCUCGCACUUUAGUGGUGGCAAAGUUUGGCUUCGGCAAUACAUCGGCAUACGCACCAGACGUGAUAUUCGUACACGAAGCAGUGGCCAAAGCAUUCUCAACACACACAGUAGAGAUUGUCAGCCGCUCGUACGGUGGUCUCAACACAGGCGCAGCAAAACAAAAGCUACUGACAUCAGAGAAAGGACUCGGUGGCUCAAAGCAGCUGGAUGGGCACAAGGUACUUCUCUCCGGCAAACGAGGGGCCAUAGUUGAACUCCCUGAGAAGUAA